AUGCAUUUUCUUAUUGUUGUUGUUGUUUUUGUAAAUUUAAUUGUUUUUAGUAAAUUUACUAAUAUAGAAGCUAAAAUCAAUAUGACAACUUAUCGAAAGUUACCGCCUCUAUAUGAUUUCGAUAAUUAUGAUCACUGUUUAUCGCAACCAUCAUCAACCUAUUGUAUAAUAUUCGCUGAAAUCGAAUCAAAUAAUGAUAGUAAACUAUGGUAUGAUAUAGAGAAACUAUCUAGUGAUCUAUUUCACCAUUUUCGCCAUGAAAAUAUAUUUUUUGGAGUUUGUGUUGAACAGUGUAAGCAAUAUCUCAAUCAAUUACCUGCUGUAGAAAAACAGCGUUAUUCUAGGAAUAAACCCCUAGAAAAUGAGAUCACAAAAUAUUACCAGAGGAUACAUAAGCGUGAAGGGGAUUUUGAGAAUCGUCAGUUAUAUCAAAACAUUUUAGAUAACUGUCUAAAUUAUCGUUUUCAACAAAAAUUCAAUUUGUCAAUAAAGACCAGUAUUGAGUAUUGUGAAAAAUCGCAAAGAGUACAAGAAUUAGAUUCAUUGGAUAUUACAUUCUGCAUUGUCUUAGUGGCAAUAAUAUUUCUCAAUAUUAUAUCAUCUAUAUACGAUUAUCGAUUGAAACUGCAACACACCUUAAACUCCGAAAAUAAUGAUUUUUAUAGAAAUAAUAUUGAAGAUACUGGUUAUAUCCAUCUUCUGACAUCUUUUUCGAUAUGUCGUAAUUACUAUCGCUUAACUGCUACCCCAGAGAAAAAUUCAAAAUCAAAUGACUUAAACUUCACUUAUGCGUUUCGUGUUUUCGCCCUCUUCAUUGUAAUACUAGGCCACUGUAUAAUGCUUUUAAUAUCAAUACAAACACAAAAUCCGGAAUUUAUUGAAAACUAUUACUAUAAAGCUAAAACGAUAUUAUUUCAGAAUGGUUCGGCGAUUAUACAAAUAUUUUUCGUUUUAGCUGGUUUUCUGUUAAAGUUGAAAUUUGAUGAAAAGAACAUGAUUACAUCUGAAUCUAAUUGUAAAAUUAGUAUUUUCGUUUAUAUACAAUGUUUUUUAAAUCGUUAUUUAAGGUUAUUACCUUCUUUGGUAGUGGUUAUACUAUUUAAUGCAACUUUGUUAAUACAUUUGGUAAAUGGACCAUUUUGGCGGCAUAUCGCUGAGGCAGAGCAUACAUUUUGUCGGGAAUAUUGGUGGAGAAAUAUCUUUAUGAUCAAUAAUUUUAUGCUUAAAGAUAGUUGCGCUCCGCAUACUUGGUUCUUAGCGGCUGAUAUGCAAUUAUAUGAACUAUUUCUAUUUACAGUUAUUCUGACAGACAAAUUUCAAACAUGGAAAAAACAUAUUUAUAUAUUAUUUGGAAUAUUUGCUUUUCUAAUACCAGGAUCUCUAACAUAUUACUAUAAAUUAGAUGCCAUACACUUUCUAAAACCAGAAAGCUACCGUUAUUUGUAUUUUAAAGAUGUCGAUACAUUUUAUUUAACAUAUCCUCAGUUUUACUGUAAUAUGGGUGGUUAUUUAGUUGGUUUCAUAUGUGCUGAAGUCUAUCUGAAAAAUAUACUUCCACAAAGGCAUAUUUAUUCCAAAUAUCGAGGGGUUAUGAAAUUUGAAUUAACACUAUUGGCUGUAAUUUUUCUAAUAGGCGCAGGACUUUUAUACUCCGGUAACCUAGUGGUCCAUGGAAAUAUAGAAAAACCUUCUGUGUGGUUGAGUUUAUAUGCCAGCUUAUAUCGCAAUAUGUGGUCAAUAUUUGGUGGAUUAAUUUUACUGUGUAUGCUAAUUAAAUUGGGAUGGAUUGCCUACGAAAUAGCUUGUUUGCCUAUUUUUCGUAUAUUGGGUAAAAUAUCCUUUCAGUCAUAUUUGUGGCAUAUUACUGUUUUAAGAGUAUUAGAAGGAUUUUACCGCCAACCUGUCUACUUGAAUGAAUUUUAUAUGAUUUGUCAAAUAUUAUUGGCAUUUAUUUUAACAAAUAUUGUGGCAUUUGUUGUGACCUUAUUUAUGGAAUAUCCAAUUAGCGAAGUUGUGCAUUAUCUAUUAAAACCAAAAAUAUCUAAUAAUGGAAAUGGUGACAUUGCCAAUGAAAUGAAACCUCAUUUAGUCCAAAUUCACAUGUAA